GCUUGAUUUUAAGUAGUUAUCCGGAAUUACACUGUAUUUCUUAUGUGCUAUUAGAUAUAUAACUAAAGGAAUUCAGACUGAACUCAUGAAAUAAUCUAAUGGAGAUUAUAGAUAUACUUUUUAUCAGUAUCCAGUAUUCAGAAACGGAGGGUUCAAAGAAUUAAAGUGUCGUAAAAUGGAUGUGCUAAGUAGUACCAAUGUCAAAAAUGUAUCUAUUGGCGGUAGUGUACGGAAGGAUUCAUCGGUUGCACCUAAAACACUGGAAUACGAUGAAAUUCCAGAUUCAGAACCUUACGUCGCAAUAUUUCAACUGAUAAAGCAUACAAAGGAAAAAUAACAUCAUUAUUAUGUAAUUCGCACAAAGCUAUCGAUUAAGCCAACUCAGAACCUGAUAAAAGUUCAGCCGUUAUCAAGAUCCGAUAAUCUCGAGUGCUCCCAAGUCGCUGGCUUGCGUAAAGGGAUUUGGCUGUCCCGAUCUACACUGGCAGUGCUAAAAAUUUAUAGUUCACGCUACGUAUACUAUAGAUUUUCAGGUGACUGGAAGGGAAGACUGACGGCGAAUUUCGACACGCAACCACGGUCCGUCUCGCGACGCUUUACAUCUCGCAAGAUACUAUACUGUGUCCCAUAAUACGUUCUACGCCGCAAGCGAAGCAUCGAUCAUCUGUUAUUCUAUCAAAUUGUGAUGGAUUCAUCAAUCCUUUUAUCGACCUUUGUGCUAUUAUUAACUACUCUGGUCGUCAUUGGUAUCUUGAAAAUUGCCACUGUGCUGUACUAUGCAUAUUUUCACUGGAAGAAUAAGGGCAUACCUUACGUGCCAAAUUCGCUAUCGUCUCUUAUAAUGAGUUGGAAAAUGCUUUUGGGUCAAGCCACUUUUCCCGAUUAUUGCCAAUAUUUGUAUUAUUACUUCCCAGACGUUAAAUAUUUUGGAACAGUGGAUUUUUUCAUGCCUUGGCCGAUCAUGAUUGUGCGAGAUCCUGAACUGAUUAAAAACAUAACAGUGAAGGAUUUUGAACAUUUCACGGAUCAUCGCACUUACAUUGACGAAAACGUGGAACCGUUGUUCGGCAAGAACGUCCUCUCCUUGCGCGGAGAACGUUGGAAGGAAAUGAGAAAUAUACUGAGCCCCUCUUUCACCGCCAACAAAAUGAAGUUUAUGUUCGAACUGAUAUUGAAGUGUUCUCACGAUUUUGUCGAUUACUUGGCCGACCAUCCGGAACUCUGUCAUGAAAUCGAAGCAAAGGAAGCCUUCCGACGAUACACGAACGAUGUAAUUGCUACGGCAGCCUUUGGCAUAAGCAUGAAUUCUAUGAAAGAUCGAGACAAUGAGUUCUAUACAAGAGGAGUGGAGGCUACCAAAUUUGCUACUGGACUGUUAGCGAUGGCCAAGCUCAUAUUUAUAAGUUCGUGUCCAGGGCUUGCUAAAUUAAUGGGCGUGAGUAUAUUUUCGUCAGACACGUUAAAAUUUUUCGAGAAGAUCGUAGAAGAAAAUAUUAAAGCGCGAGAAAAGCAAGAUGUCAUCCGACCGGACAUGAUCCAUUUGCUAAUGCAGGCUCGGGACAAGGAAAAUGCUAGUGGACACAAAAUGACAUUGGGCGACAUUGUUUCGCAAGCUUUCAUUUUUUUCUUCGCUGGUUUCGACACUUCUUCGAUGUUGAUGUGUUACGUUGCUCAUGAACUGGCAGUUAAUCAAGAUAUUCAGGAUCGUUUGCGCGAAGAGAUACAGCAGUAUCUUCUCGAAGGAAACGGUGAGAUAUCUUACGAGUCGUUAUCGAAGAUGCCUUACAUGGACAUGGUGAUUUCGGAGACUCUCAGAAAGCAUCCACCAGCCGUCAUUUCUGAUAGAGUUUGCACUAAAAAAUACGAACUGCCUCCAUCACAACCAGGUUGCAAGAAUGUAAUCAUCGAAGCUGGUAGUCAUGUGAUAUUGCCUGUUUUUGCGUUACAUCGUGACCCGAAAUAUUUUCCAAAUCCGAACAAAUUCGAUCCUGAAAGAUUCAACAAUGAGAAUAAAGACAACAUUUUACCAUGCACUUAUUUACCAUUCGGUUUUGGACCGAGGAUGUGUAUCGGCAAUCGAUUUGCUCUUAUGGAGACUAAAAUUCUAAUAGUUCAGCUUUUACAAAAGUUUAUUUUGAAGACUACAGAUAAAACCGUCGAACCAGUUGUAUUCAGUAAAAAGGAGUUUGCGCUACAACCUGUUGACGGAUUUUGGAUUGCUUUGGAGAAGAGAGAGACAUGAAAAUUUUAUACGAAAUUAUUUUAUGAUAUAUAUACUUGUGUUCGGAACAAUAUUACUGCAUUUUUAACUUUUAAAAUAUUUAAUAUUUUUAUAAAUAAAAAUAUACAAAAAAUUUAUUUGCAAUGUAUUACGUGAUGAUAAAUAACAAUUCAAGACGAAUAAUCAAAUCUUAUGUCAGAUAUACAAUCAAAUUAUUUCUAAUAUGAAAUGGAAAAUAUUAAAUAUUAAACAUUGUGACUUGCUUAGACUUUUGAUCUAAUUAUAUUCGAACAUUUUUACAUUUUUCCAUUUGAUUACUUAACAGCUCAUCAGUAUAGAUGAUUGAGAUAACGUCUUCGUCGUAUUUUUUUUAAAGCGAAUAUUUAUCAUCUUAAAGACUCUUAGAAUUAGAUAAGUUAAUAUAUUUUUUUUAACUAAAUUAAUGGAAUUAAUAAUUGAAUAAUUGUUACAUUUCUAUUAAGAAUAUACUACUUUCUGUUUAAUGGAA